GUCAAGUUGGCGCGUUGGGGCGACCGCUCGCGGCUCCGACUCAGUAUCGCUCAGAAUUUUCUUCAGUUCACUCGUCGUAACGUAACCCUUGUGUACCCAUAACCAUGGCCCGCAGUGUCGCCCUCAGUUUCGCCUUCCUAUUGGCUGUCUUUGAAAUCGGAUCAUGCACGAGGUGCUACCAAUGUAACUCCCAGUCCGACCGCGACUGCCUGGACCCCUUUGUCACUUCUGGCAGAUUCCUAGUGGACUGCAACACCCAGGACUCCGUGAGCUACAACCGGCUGUACCUUCGUGACGUUCUUCCUUCGCAGCUCGUUGACGGCGUCGCCGGCGCACCUAGAUACUGCGCUAAACUUGUCUUGCAAACCGGAACCACCAUCCGUACUUGUCUGGAUGCCAACCCACUGGAGCCCAGCCAGACGUGCCGUGCUUUGGAGAGGAUUGACAACUAUGCCAACGCUGGCUCUAGGCAGGCAGUGAAACACUGCAGUGUCUGCACCACUGAUAUUUGCAACGGAUCUGGUGCCAUUGCCGCCUCCUACCCACUAGCCAUCCUCGCCGCCGUCGCUUCAUACCUCUACUGCAAGCAAUAAUGAAGCAACAGCUCUAGAACAUAAAUAAGCGAACUGUUCUCUGACGUGCGUCAGACCUAAGAUGAUCGCUAUCGCGUGAUCAUCAACCAAUCAGCGACGCGCUUUCUGCGCUGCUCGUCUUUUAUUGGUCAGAAGCAGUCCGCUUAAUGUUGUUUAAAAGUGAACAAUGAUUUUAUUGGUCAAAAUACAAAAUAUCUGCUAAGCUUUCUAUACUCGGCUUUUUCAGUGCCAAAAAUCAAAAGAUUGAUAAGGCUUUCAAAAUUACGGACCGUCCUGUCAUUGUUCUUACUUUUGCAGUGGUGGAUUAUUUUAACUUAGUGUUAAUAAAAAAACAUAAUGUAAGUAAAAGAUAAUAAAAAUGAAUUCCCGAUGUUUUUAAGACAAUACAAAACCAAAUUAAGUACCUUAUUAUUUAAAACCCUCAUCUGUUGUUUUAGUGCUAAUGACGAUGUACCUGUAUGUAAAUGAUUUAUCUGAUGUUAUAAAGAAUCUCGAUUUUUACAUUGAUAUUAUAAUUACGAUCAUCUGUAAUAAAAAAAGCAUAACAAUAAAUAUAUAUAAUAGUGGUAAAUAAAGCUUUGAUAAAAAAUAUUAAAUGUUACUCUGUUUAGAUUUUAGUGUUAUUCUUUGUAAAUUGAAGGAUCAAUGUUGUUGGCAAGACAACUUACUAAGCAUUUAUGUGUAUGAUAAAUAUAUAAUAGGUAUUGGCCUCACCGUCCCAGUUUUUGUAAUAAAUUAAUAAAAACAUAA